ACUGCAGAUAAUUAAAGUUGUGUAAACAGAACGUCUUGAUAACGUAAGCUCUGGAAUAUUGAGUUGACUUCAUCGUGUAAAAUUAAUGAGGGGGCAGUGAAUUAGACCGAGUUAUUUAUUUCUCGACUGACGAACCGUAUUCUUUAUCAACCGUUCAAUUCCUUGAGGUCAGAAAACUUCGUUUUUAUCGUGACAAAUAUAAGUUGUGCCAUUUUGCUGGACUUCUACCCAGACUUUCGAAUUGGAAAAUCUUCGCUCGACCUACAUCGUCAAUUGCGUUUUUAAUGUGUUUCUAUCAUAUACAACCGUGAUGAUGAACAUUGCGACCAUCUAUGCCUUACGUAAAGUUUCUUCUUUACCGAACACUUUGAAAACAUUGCUUCUCAGUCUUGCCGUUUCUGAUAUCGGUGUUGGCUUACUGGGGCAGCCGCUGUACUUUCUUACUCUGGUCAAGUGGUUACAACAAAACCAUCCUAGCUGCCCCAUCUACAGGGUUUUUGACUUGCUCAGUAUUUUGUUUGCUAAAGCGUCCUUCCUAGGUGUUGUGGCAAUAAGUCCAGACAGGUUCUUAGCUAUUCAUCUUCAUCUCAGAUACCAGGAAUUUGUGACUCACAGGCGUGUCGUUGUUGUGUUGUUAUCUGUUUGGUUUUCAAGUGCCUUCGUCUCUUUGAUUGCGUUCGCGGGAUUUGUCUCCAUCCAAAGUGUAAUAUCUUUCGUCCUUGGUUCUAUAGGUCCCCUUGUAACAACAGUAUUUUAUAUCCAGAUUUAUUUAAUUGUACGACGGCACAAGAAUCAAAUUCACGCCCUGCAGGUGGAACAAACAGAGCAGACUGAAGAGGCAAGGAAAUUUGCCAGUGCCAUAAAGACUGCAGUUUGUGUGUUCUGUGUGCAUGUCGUGUUUUUGUUGUGUCAUCUACCUCUUUUUGUAGUUUUCGUGGCCUCUAAUGUCAUCGUUUCAAGUACUGCUAUUACGAAAUUUUUUCUUUACUCUAUGACUCUCACAUUUCUGAAUUCAUCUCUGAAUCCUGUUGUUUAUUGUUGGAAGAUUCGACACAUUCGACAGGCUAUCAUGAACAUACCGCGGAAUAUGGCUCGGGUUCGAAACUAG